AUGGCCAUCCUCCAGACUUUCCUGGCCACAUCAGAUGACACCAGAGAGCUGCUCCUGGUGAGUGGAGUGUCCCCCUCCUACAGCUUCAUCAUCGAGGACUAUUGGGGCCUCCCCGGGCAGGCCCAGAGGCCAAAAGGGAGGCCCAGACCCGGAUCUGAGGACAGCACCCAGCACAGCAUCUUCACCUUCACCAACAGCAAUGCCACCCGAGGCCCCUUUGAAGGCCCCAAUUACCACAUCGCUCCCCGUUGGGUGUACCACGUCACCAGCGCCUGGAUGAUCUUCGUGGUGUUUGCCUCCGUCUUCACCAAUGGGCUGGUGUUGGCAGCCACCAUGCGCUUCAAGAAGCUGCGACACCCUCUCAACUGGAUCCUCGUCAACUUGGCUGUGGCCGACCUGGCAGAGACCCUCAUCGCCAGCACUAUCAGCGUCGUCAACCAGGUCUCCGGCUACUUCGUGCUGGGCCACCCCCUGUGCGUGCUGGAGGGCUACACAGUCUCCCUGUGCGGUAUCACUGGUCUCUGGUCCCUGGCCAUCAUUUCCUGGGAGAGGUGGCUGGUGGUGUGCAAGCCCUUUGGCAGCGUGAGGUUCGAUGCCAAGUUGGCCAUCGUGGGCAUCGCCUUUUCCUGGGUCUGGUCAGCUAUCUGGACGGCCCCACCCAUCUUUGGUUGGAGCAGGUACUGGCCCCAUGGCCUGAAGACUUCAUGUGGCCCGGAUGUGUUCAGUGGCGACUCGUACCCCGGGGUGCAGUCUUACAUGAUUGUCCUUAUGAUCACUUGCUGCAUCAUCCCACUCGGCGUCAUCCUGUUCUGCUACCUGCAAGUGUGGCUGGCCAUCCGCGCAGUGGCCAAGCAGCAAAAGGAAUCCGAGUCCACCCAGAAGGCGGAGAAGGAGGUGACGCGCAUGGUGCUUGUGAUGGUCCUGGCCUACUGCUUGUGCUGGGGGCCCUACACCUUCUUCGCCUGCUUCGCCGCCGCCCACCCUGGCUAUGCCUUCCACCCUCUGGUGGCCGCCCUGCCAGCCUACUUUGCCAAAAGUGCCACCAUCUACAACCCCAUCAUCUAUGUCUUCAUGAACCGGCAGUUUCGGAACUGCAUCUUGCAGCUUUUUGGGAAGAAGGUGGAUGAUGGCUCAGAGCUCUCCAGCGUCUCCAAAUCGGAGGCCACAUCCGUCUCCUCUGUCUCACCUGCCUGAGCCCCGCAACUCCACACCACAGGGUCAGCCACCUACCAGCCCCUGAGCCCCCGCAGCGCCCACCCUGCCCCACCUGUCCUUCU